UUGCUGGCACAGGAUAUCCGGCAACUUCAGACACGUUGUCUCUACCCAAGGGAAUAGAGAGAUCGUCGCAGCGUUUCUUUCUUUUCUGAACAGGCGCAGUCCGAGAGAACUCGCAAAAGGAGUAAAAGGCUCCUACAUAACCUGUCACUACAGAUAUAUUGUAUGAGUCAGAAAGUAGAAAAGCCAGUAUUAUCGGGUCAACGGAUCAAGACCAGAAAAAGAGAUGAGAAAGAGAAGUACGACCCUAAUGGGUUCCGCGACGCGCUGGUGCAGGGCCUCGAGCGCGCGGGCGGCGAUCUCGAGGCGGCGUACAAAUUCCUAGACGCCGCCGGCUCCAAGCUCGACUACCGCCGCUAUGGGGAGGUCAUCUUCGACGUCCUCAUUGCCGGGGGGCUGCUGCUCCCCGGCGGGUCGGUGUCGAUGGAUGGAGAGACCCCCAAGACUAACACCUGCAUCUUCGCCGCCAGCGAGGACAUGGAUACCAUGCGCAACUUCGAACAGGUGUUUGUGAAGCUGAUGCGUCGCUACAAAUACCUGGAGAAGAUGUUCGAAGAAGAAAUGAAGAAGGUGCUGGUGUAUCUGAAGGGUUUCGAGCCGCAACAGCGCAUUAAACUGGCCCGCAUGACUGCUUUGUGGAUUGGUAAUGGGUGUGUGCCGCCGUCGGUGUUGCUGGUGUUGGUCAACGAGCACCUCUUGAAGGACAACCUGGCGCUGGACUUUGUGCUCGAGGUGUUCGCCACGAUCAAGGCGGAGCGCGGCACCGCGUCUCUUGUCACCGCGCUCAAGAAAGGACAGCUCGAGGGCAGGCUGCUGGAAUUCCUGCCUCUCAACCGCCGCAGUGAGGAAGCGCUGGCCACGUCGUUCGGAUCCCGUGGGCUGUCUGAACUGCUGCGUCUGCAUCGCGCACAAGCCUCGCAGGAGGCCCGCCGCGAGCUGACGCAGGCUCUGAUGGAUGAGCUGGCGGACGAGAAACCGGUGCGCGACCUCAUCCAGGAACUGCGGGAUAUGGCGCAGAAACACUCCAUCCCCGACCACGAGGUCGUCGCUAUCAUCUGGCAGUGCGUGAUGUCGCGUGGUGAAUGGAACAAGAAGGAGGAACUGUUGGCAGAACAAGCGGCGAAGCACUUGCGUCACUACACACCACUGCUCGCGGCGUUCGCGCAGACUGCCAAGGCGGAGAUUGCCCUUCUCACCAAGGUGCAAGAGUACUGCUAUGAGAACAUGAGUUUCAUGCGCGCGUUCAGCAAGCUGGUGCUGAUGCUGUACAAGACGAACGUGCUCUCCGAGGAGGUGAUCCUCAAGUGGUACCGCGAGCCCAACUCCAGCAAGGGCAAGAUGAUGUUCCUCGAACAAAUGAAAAAGUUCGUCGAGUGGCUGCAGUCUGCUGAAGAGGAGUCUGAGAGCGGCGAAGACGAAGAUUAGAGUAAGCACAGCGAGUGAGACUGACAACGUUGGCGCCGCCCGCGCAGCACCACCGUCGCACGCGCCGGCGGCGCUCCCCGGCGCUCACCCGGGUCGCUCCACAUACAUACCCACACGUGUACCUACUUCAUUAUAAACUCUAUAAACUACCCUCAUAAUACUAUUACGAUAAUAAUAAUAAUUCGAUGAUUAUAAUAAUAAUAAUAUGAUGUUAAUAAUUCUAGUGCACUGAGCGACACUGUCCGGGAGUGUUUUUUAAUAAUUGAUGAAUACAAUAUUAUAUGACGAAUACCAUAUUUUUUAUUCAAUUUUUUUAGGAAAAUACAAUAAAUGGUGGAAACACGCAGUCAUUUGUUUUAUUUUUGACAUGAAGGUGUUUUCUGGAAUUUCACUUUCGUGUAACUCUGGUUUAUCUGUAUCAAAUAUAUUUCUCUUUGGAAUAUUUAGAGUAAGGAUAUGUGUAUAAACAUGUUUGUAUUGUCGUGAUCCUGUUUAGUAGGGGAACGCAGGAAUAUUCUUGAUCCAAAUAACGUAAGUUGAAUCGUAUGUUGAAAUUGUAGAGAAAACUGUUGCCUAAGUGGUAUGCACUGAUCUUAACUAGAACGAGCAAGAACAUUGAUUGUAAUAUGUAGCACAUCUUGAGAUUUUCAUUAUAUCUCUUCAAUGUUUGUUGUGGUAUUAUAAUAGGUCUUGAAAAAGUUUUUCGACCAGCGAACAAUGUAUAUUAUCAAUUAUUGCUUGUGACCUAGUAACUACGUAAGGAACUAAAUUAAGUAAUGUUUUGAAAAUAUAUAUUUAUGUACUUA